AUGUCGUCGGGCGUGGUUCGCUCAACCGCCCUCAGGGCUGGCGGCGCAUGUGUUCGCUGCCGCAAAGGCAAGACCAAGUGCGUCUACGAAAAUGGCCGCGCGCCCUGCAAGAAUUGCGCGAAGGGAAUGCACGAGUGCUAUCUGCCCUCGGAGAGCAUGGCUCACCAUCACGGCCAGAGUCCUGCUCGCCACGCAAAUGCCCAGCGCCCAGCGCGCGACAGCCUCCCGGCCUCCGGCGCCGGCGCCUCUGAUGCCAGGCAGCCCGUGGUGGGCUCUGGAUCCGCUAGGCACGCCCAGGUCACCCCCGAGAAGCUUACGCCAGAACUCAUCGCCGAAUGUGAGCGAGUCGUCUCCAAGACGUUCCCGGCCUGUGUGGCUUUCCAUAAGCCCACGUUUGUCCAGCAGCUCAAGAAUGCCACUUUGGAGCCGACACUUGUUUACGGUCUCUUGACCUGUGCUUCUCGGAGCUCACCAACACUCAUUCGUCGACACGGAAGCCCAACUCAUGCCGCAGAAUCAUAUGCCUCCAAGGCAAUCGCACUGAUCAACCAGAACUUGGAUCACCCCAACCUGGCCGAUAUUCAGGCCCUUUGUCUCAUCGUCAUUCAUGAAUGGGGGACGAGGAACGCAGUUCGUGCUUACAUCUACCUUGGCCAGGCAGCUCGUAUGCUGCAGAUGUACCGCAUCCUCAACGGCCAUCACGGCUCUGAUCAAGCAGACCAGUUCCUUCGUGAUGAGAGCCUACGACGUACGUUGUGGUUGGUUUAUAUCCUCGAUUGUCUCUUGACAAGCACCCCGGGCCGGUUUGCGGCUCUUGCGGUGCAAGACACGUCGGAUGUAUCGCUGCCUUGCUCCGAUAUCAACUUUGCGUUCGGCAACGCAGUCUACGUCAAGACUCUACCCCAGUAUCUUGGCCACAGUGCUUUGUCCCCUGGCCACGGUUCUGGUGGUGAGAUUGGCGAAUUCGGAUACAUUGUCCUCGCCUCCACCAUUUGGCGUGAUGUAGUGGGUAUGCUCACCGCAAGCACGGUCCAGAACUUCCGAGAUGAAGAUUGCAGCGAUCUCUUUGCAAAGAUUGAAGGUCUCCGGGCCUCAUUGCCCAUGCAGUUUGUUGACAAACCUGGCCAAAUCAACCUGCACAUGACUAUGGGCUCCGGAUAUACUUUUGCCAUGCUGCACUGCCUGCUACAUUGUGCAUCUGUUUUCGUUCAUCGUCGGCGUCUGCUGCAGGACGUUAUAUCGCCGAGCUUUAAUUUGGAGUCCUUCCGAAUGAAUCCCCGAUGCCAUGAUGUCGUGGACCGGCUCUUCACUUCUUGCCAUGGAACCAUCUCGCUUCUAAACGCUGUGGAGGCUGGUUCUGAGAAGGACCAUCCAACUUGUUUUCCCAUUGUGAUGCUGUUUUCUGCAUUCACUGCCAGCGCAACUGUUGCCUACUUGUCUCUUAAGGGACUUACACCUCCCAAUGCCGUCGAAACAGCCGCCCACAUUGUGAAGGAUGGAUUGAAGUUCAUGCAUGAAGGCACCGAGAGUUGGCCUCUAAUGUCAAGUUGGCUUAGGCAUCUUGCUGUCAUGCAGCGGGUCCUCAACAAUGACGCUGCGGCAACCAAUAACGCUAUCCCCGCAACUCAUAGGCACGGGUCUGCCUCUGGUGUUAAAGAUGAGAUUUCUUCCAACGCUGACACUAACCCUGAUGCGAUGGAGUACGAUCAGCAAGCCGGAGGGUCUGGGGUUGCCCAUCACGGCUCUGCUCCAAGGUCAGUUUCGGAAUCCGCUCGAGGUGACAGUGAACCACCUGCCGUCCCUCUUCCUCGACGCGGCGUUACGACAAUCAAUGGGGGCUCUGGCGGCAUACAGACACCCUCCAUUACUACAUCGCCCCCUCCGGGCGCACCACUGGCUACAAUGCAGUCUGGCGAUGUGAAGCAGCGAAGUCCUGACGUGGGAUCGAACGGAGUCGCGGCAACACAAGACGGCCAGACCACGAGCCAAGACAUGACGGCACCAGAGCUCUGCCAGGCAUUCGAGAGGCAGCUUCUCGACCUAGAUGACCUUGCCGCAUUUAUGGGUGGCGGCGUUUGA